AUGAAGGACCGGCUGGAGCAGCUGAAGGCCGAGCAGCUGACACAGGAUGAUGACACUGAUGAGGUUGGGAUCGCUAUUGACAACACAGCUUUCAUGGAUGAGUUCUUUUCAGAGAUUGAAGAAACUCGGCUCAACAUUGACAAGAUCUCAGAGCACGUGGAGGAAGCCAAGAAACUCUACAGUAUCAUUCUUUCCGCACCAAUUCCGGAGCCAAAAACCAAGGAUGACCUAGAGCAGCUCACAACUGAGAUCAAGAAAAGAGCCAACAAUGUCCGGAAAAAGCUGAAGAGCAUGGAGAGGCACAUUGAAGAAGAUGAGGUCCGGUCAUCUGCAGACCUUGGGAUUAGGAAAUCUUAG